AGGUCGUGGCCCAGGUUUGAAGAGGUGCUUUUAGAAGGAAUCAGUAUGGAGCCUGAGGAGUACAGACGGAGAGGAAAAGAGAUGGUGGAUUACAUUUGCCAGUACCUGAGCAAUGUGAGAGAGAGGCGGGUGACUCCUGAGGUACAGCCAGGUUACAUGAGAGCCCAGUUGCCGGAUGCUGCCCCGAUGGACCCAGACAGCUGGGACAACAUCUUUGGAGAUAUAGAGAAGAUUAUUAUGCCCGGGGUAGUCCAUUGGCAAAGUCCACACAUGCAUGCCUACUUUCCAGCUCUUACUUCCUGGCCUUCACUCCUUGGAGAUAUGUUGGCUGAUGCAAUUAACUGCUUGGGAUUCACAUGGGCCUCUAGUCCAGCCUGUACAGAACUGGAAAUGAAUGUGAUGGAUUGGCUGGCUAAAAUGCUGGGCCUUCCAGAUAAAUUCCUGCACCACCAUCCUGACAGUGUGGGCGGAGGGGUAUUACAGAGCACUGUGAGUGAGUCAACCUUGGUUGCACUGCUAGCAGCACGGAAAAACAAAAUUCUGGAGAUGAAGCUUUCCGAGCCAGACACUGAUGAGUCCUCACUCAAUUCUCGCCUCAUCGCUUAUGCGUCUGAUCAAGCGCAUUCUUCUGUAGAAAAGGCUGGCUUGAUUUCUCUUGUGAAGAUGAAAUUUCUGCCUGUGGAUGAGAACUUUUCCCUCAGAGGUGAAACUUUGAAGAAAGCCAUUGCAGAAGACAGAAAGAAAGGCCUAGUGCCAGUCUUUGUUUGUGCAACUUUGGGUACAACUGGUGUCUGUGCUUUUGACAAUCUCUCAGAACUGGGUCCAAUUUGUGAUGCUGAGGGACUCUGGCUUCAUAUUGAUGCUGCAUAUGCAGGAACAGCAUUUGUGUGUCCUGAAUUUCGAUUGUUCUUGGAUGGAAUUGAAUAUGCAGAUUCCUUUACUUUUAACCCUUCUAAAUGGAUGAUGGUUCAUUUUGACUGCACUGGAUUUUGGGUUAAAGAUAAAUACAAGUUACAUCAAACCUUCAGUGUUAACCCUGUCUACCUCAGACAUCCCAAUUCAGGAGCUGCUGUUGAUUUCAUGCACUGGCAAAUUCCACUGAGUCGUCGAUUUCGUUCUUUGAAGCUGUGGUUUGUGAUUCGUUCAUUUGGGGUGAAAAAGCUUCAAGCUCAUGUCCGACAAGGUACUGAAACAGCCAAAUUCUUUGAAUCGUUGGUUAAAAGUGAUCCACUCUUUGAAAUUCCUGCCAAGAGGCAUCUUGGACUGGUUGUAUUUCGUUUAAAGGGUCCCAACUGGCUGACAGAAAAACUCCUGAAGGAACUAAGCAGUUCUGGCAGGCUCUUCCUUAUUCCAGCAACCAUUCAUGACAAGUUCAUCAUUCGCUUUACUGUAACAUCUCAGUUCACAACCAGGGAAGAUAUUCUGCAAGACUGGAACAUCAUUCAACACACUGCAGCCCAAAUUGUUAGCCAGAAUUAUGGGGUGCACUGCAUCAAUUCUGGGGAUGGGGCAAGAAUCCCUAAUACGAUAGUUAAGCCUAGUUCUGAUGCCAUUAGUAGUGCUUCUCAGCUUUAUCUAGUUGGAGAAAAAUACAAAACACCUUCCAGAAAAAUAGUAAUUCAGCCUAAGAAGUUAGCAGUAAGUCCCAGUACGUGCGUGAUUAGUGAACAAGUGAAAGGUCAAGGGGAUCCUCUAGAUGACUGUUUUCCAGAUGUCCAAGAUGUUACCAGACAUAAGUUAACCUCUUUUUUAUUCAAUUAUUUAUCUGUUCAAGGCAAGAAAAAGACAGCACGUUCCCUUAGCUGCAACAGUGUGCCAAUGACUGGUGGUCUUGAGCAAUGUAACCCCAAAGCAGCAGCCACUGACAAGGAGUCUCAUGCAAAUGCCACAAUUCUUUCCAGGCUGCCUGAAGAGGUGAUGAUGCUCAAAAAAAGUGCCUUCAAAAAACUAAUUAAGUUCUACAGUGUCCCAAGCUUUCCAGAGUGUAGCAUUCAGUGUGGCCUUCAGCUGCCUUGUUGUCCUCUGCAGGCCAUUGUUUAACAAAUAAAAGAGAUUGGUCCUUAAGACCUCUCCAGGUAGAAAGAGAACCAAAGUUUGCUUAUUCAUAUGCAAUACUACAUGUUAUUUUGUUCAAUAUGUAAGCAGUGGCAAUGACCACUGAGAAAAUUCCUGUGCUUUUACUGGUGGAAACCUCAUGUAUUUAUAGAUUAAAAUGUCAAAUAAAUCUUGUAGGCAUAUAACAU